AAAAAAUACGACAAAAAAAAAUCUCUGAGAGGACCGGACACGCGCGAGCGUGACCCUCAGUCACGUGACCGAAACAGUCGCGGGAAAACACAAAUCUUGUUUCCGAGUGCUAGCGCUGAGCUAAGUGGACUAGAAUUCCGUUAGAGUUAAAUAGGUUUCCGGUUAUUAACGUAUAAGAAACAGCGCGACAGGGUCAUCACAAGGCUCUCGAGACGUUUUAGUUUUUUGCUCUUAAGCAGUACUGUGUAUGUGCUGUAGGGGGCGAUGAUGAGCGCGGUGAAGGCCACAGACGUGAAGAGAGGCAUCGCAGUGAUUUGGGAGAACCUGCAGUGUCCGAUAUGUUUGGACUUGAUGAGCCAACCCGUCUCGACCCGGUGUGACCAUCAGUUCUGCAAGUUCUGCAUGACCAGGCUUCUGGAGAGGAACAAGAGGAAGGAAACCAGCUGCCCCGUCUGCAAGGCCAAGGUCACCAAGAGGAGUCUUCAGGAGAGUCCAGGCUUCCAGAAACUGGUAGAAGGUCUCCAGAAUUUAGUCCGAUCAUAUGAAUUUGAUACGAGCACAAACUAUUUCACUGGGUUGCCACAGAGGAGACAAGGCACUAGUGUCGAGACGGAGUCGAGAGAUCAGCAUUGCAGUGGAGAGAACACACCCACAGAGGGCGAUGUGACGGAGAAAGAAGCCACGCUUUCCUCCACAGCAGAAGCUAAAGAUGCUUUUGCAAAACUCAUGUGUCUUGAGGAUUCGCGUCCUGACACUGCAGAGGAAGAUUGCCUCGACGGCAGUCAUGGUGAUUCAGCACAGAAAUCUGAAAUAAAACCUGCAGAUCCUGGAGACGUUCCUCUGACACCAGGAGCCUGUAAUUCACAGACGCAGCAGGACGUUACUCCGGACGACGGGAAACGUUCCUGCAGACGAUCUAAACGCCUUUGCUUGGAGCCAGACAGGAUUGUGGAUAAAAGACAAAAGAAAAGCGUUCAGAAAGUGUCCGAGUGGCUGCUGAAGAUCUCUCCGACGUCUGACGCGGCAGCCGAAAGCUACACGGAAGGAGCUCUUCUGAUUUCCACAGAGAGCGAUGGCGAUAGAGAGAGUACAGCGUCACGUGCGUCGACAGAGAUUCACGCUUCUGGUAACGACAAAGCUGAUGCGAGUCCUGAAAGGGCGGUGCCGUGUCGAGGGCUGGAGGAACAAGUGUUUGGGGCGGUGUAUAAACGAGAGCGCAGAGUCUCCAAGGUCAGCAAAUUCAUCAAAAGUUACUCUUCUGAAAAGGAGAUCGCGCCUGUCGGGAACGUGACGGAAAAAGAUGAAACGAUUGAGACGCCUAAGAGGAGGUCAAGCCGUAAGGUGGCUCCAGUUGAGACAGCGAGUAAAGAUAAAGAUGAUGGAGCGUGUGAAGGAAAUGGGUCGUUAAGAUUCUCAGACGAGCCGGAGCAGGAGGUGCAGAACGGUCUGAAUGAAAGCGCUGAAAAUAAGGAAGAAAGUCCAGCGUUUGAAGUUCCUGUGAAGAAACCAGGGAGAAGAUCAAAAAAGAUGCAGGCGGUUUGGCAGGAUGUGGACCGAGACUUGGCAGAGAAAGAGAGCAAUAAGAAAGACCGGACGAGACGGAGCACCAGGAGCAGCAGUGAUGCUGCCAAAGAGGACGAGUCAGAAAAAAGCAAAAACGGCAAAUAUGCCAAGUCCCUUGCUCUAGUCAGUGCUGGAACAGAGAUUAUUGACAUGAGGGAGAAGGUCCCAGGUAAUCCCAAAUUAAUCGAGACAGAAGUCAGUAUUGAAAGUUAUCCUAGCAGCGCAGAACUGAAGUCUCCUGAUGCUCGGAGAACCAGACGAAGCUUAAGGCUGCAGGAGUUCACCGCUGAAGUUCAAGGUCUGACGAGGAGAAGCCGAUCUAAACAAGCUGUCCCAAAACCCACUGAAGUACCAGAGAAGGAUCCUACCACUAGCCUGGAUGAGACCCGUGAGAAGACUGGUCGUGCUGGUACGAGUCAGUCUGAGGCUAACCCGAGUGAGAAACCGGACCAGUCUGUGAGGAGAAGAAAUGGUUGUGUUUACAACGAUGACUCUGAAAACAUUGAAGUCGUGCAGUUGAGCGAGGACGCUGCAGCUCCCAAGUGUGUGUCUGAGGGAACUGAAACUGAAGAACAUUCGCUGGUUUCAGUUGUCCCAGACACAGUGAAUCAGGACAAGCACAUUUUAACUUCUCCUACUUCUUCUUCGACCAAAGUAGAAAACUCGACAAGUCCACUAGCAGCCGUGGUUCCUGAAUCUUUACCUCAGAAGCGACAGGAAGGAGCAUCUACAGAAACAUUCAUGUGUGGUUUCGAGGACAGAGAAACAGAGCAAGACGAAGACACAAACGAUAGUGAACUCGACACUGAGCAGCUCAUGAAGACCUUCAAAGUCACCAAGAGGAAGUCCUUCUAUCUGGGUAGUCCAAGAACUUCACACUCCAGAUCCAAAGAAAAAUCUCUUACUCAGAUUGUAGAGGAAGAUAAACAAGAGUGUGUAGACCAACCAGAGAUGCCAUACAUCUCUCCAGACUAUAAUCAGGGUCUACCCUUAAAUGCUUGCAAGAUCCCAUCUCAAACAUCUCAAAGCUGUGUUGCAGAUGCUGCGAGUGUCAGCCUGCUACAGGUAAAAUCACCUGCUCAUCCCAGUCUACCAAAAGAUAGCUCCAUCAAAACCUCAGGUGCCCAUGACCACUAUGAGAAGGUUGCAGAAUCCCAAGAUUGCUCAAGAUCUCAAGUUUCCAGACCUCCUGUGAACAUUGAACUUGGAAAUUCCAUCCAGCUUUUCUCCACAAGCGUGACCCAAGAGGAGCCUCCAAUCUCUUGCAGUAAAGACUCCAUAAAGUCUCAGAAGUCCUCAGAAAUUUUAGAGGAACCAUCCCAAGCAAACUCUGAUGAAGACCGGAACAAAAUUCCUAGCAUCCCAUUGGGAAACACGGCCGACUCAGAAAUCCGGUGCAAUAAUUUUGAGUCCUCUGUCACCCCAGAUGGCCUUGUCCCACACGGUCCUGAAGCUCUGACCACAGAACCUGCAGCCACUCAGAACUUGGAUAAGGUUGAUGGAGAGGAAGAGCUUUCUCAGCCACGUGUGUGCAGGAAGCGGAAGGCCCAGAGACUGGAGUCUUCAGGCUCUGAAUCCAGCGUGGACAAUGAGGACUUGCCCCCGCUAGCCCAGAUUUUUAAAUCUCACCAGUGGCCCUCGGCGCCUGAUAAAGAGCCGGUGAAAACCUCUUCAAAACAAGAUGGCGUCCACGCUGAAGACCGAGACUCGAGGCCAGGCUCAGAGCCUGUGAGUCAGGAUAGUCGCUCUCGCAGUGAACCGGAAGCUCAGUCGACUCCCGCGAGCCAGCGCAUCACCUCCUAUCAGAAAGGGAAAUCAGCUGCAGAUGUAAAUCCUGAAGAUGUAGAAGACGGCGAUGUUCCUGACCCCGCGUGCGGAGACCAGUGGAUCUCAGAUAGUCAAGGUUCUGUGGAUCUUUUCGGGACUCCACGGGAAGGUGAAGCGGUAGCUGAAGGUGUCUGUACCAACACGGGGCUCUCCAUCGAGGCGUCUCAAUACUCGAGUGAGAUUCUCAGCACCCAGCAGAAACAGGAGAUGCAGCAGGAGCUCCACAGGUUGGAGAGGAUGAUGGCUUUAGUGUCCGAGGCUCUCCAGAAGAAAGAUGACGACUUGGAGGACAAGAAAGAUCAGACGGCGGACGAGGAUCAGCACUCGGGACACCGAGGCAGAACGAGAAGUCAGCGGUCCUGUAAAAGCCUAAAGCAGCCGUCUCAGAGGUCAGAGGUCACAGGUCAGCUUGCCGUGCCUGAAGUUCUGGCGGUCGGUGUGACGGAGGAACGGAAGCCGGACGAGUCGAGGGGAGACGCUUUUGGAGAACCUGCGAUGAAGAACGAGUGCAGAGCGGUGAGCGGAGACGGGAUGGAGCUGGUGGUGUCGGGCCUCAGUGCCACCGAGCAGGGUCUAGUGAAGAAAUUCGCAAGGAAAAUGAAGGCUGGUGUCAGCAGUCAGGUCACUCCUUCUACAACUCACAUCAUCAUCAAAACAGAUGGCAACUUGGUGUGUGAGCGAACGCUGAAGUACUUCCAGGGCAUCGCUGGCAGGAAGUGGGUGGUCAGCUUCCUGUGGAUCUCAGAGUGCUUCAAACACGGCAAACUUCUAGCUGAAGCUCCGUACGAGGUGUGCGGUGAUGUUGUUAACGGACUCGACCACAGCGGACCCCGAAAAGCCCGAACCGCUCCUGAUGAUGACCUGCUGAUGAGGAGAUGUGAGAUCUGCUUCCAGGGCUCCUUCACUGAUAUGAGCACAGAUCAGAUGGAGCUGAUGGUGGAGCAGUGUGGAGCAACGGUCGUGAAAGAUCCGCUGAUGUUCUCCAGGAAGGGUCUGCGUUAUCAGCUGGUGGUGGUCCAGCCUGGUCCUGAUGACUCUCAGUCGUACUACACAGCUCUACAGAGAAAAGCCACUGUAGUGACUCGGAGUUGGCUCUUGGAUUCGGUCGCCACGUACACGCUCCAAAAUCCACAGGAUUAUAAACCAUAACUGUUAUGUUGUUUUUUUUUGUUGUUGUUGUUGUUUUUAAACCCCUCCUCUCCUUACUUGCACUUUAUCUGAGCAGACGUCUGUGCAUCAUUAAUCCUGUUUCACUUUAACUCAUCCAUCAGUUUUAAUCUGCGUUGUAAAUAAGACUUUGUCCUUGUACAUUUCAGUGUAAAGUGCUCAAUGGGUGA